UAAAGAAUAAGGAAGUAAAAAUAAUUUUCUGGCGCUGAGUCGACGGAAAAGCCGGAGUGUGGUAAUUUUAUGUGACUAGUUGUACCAACUUAGCUCUUUUAAAAUAUGUUUUGCAAAAAGAACCUGUUUUGACAAGUGUAAUAGCUGUCUUAUAGCCAUGUAGCUAGUUAGCUACAAAUACAGCUACUGUUGUGGACGAAGAGGUUCUGGUUUCAGUAACCCUCUGGCUAUUAUCAAUGACAAUUUGGUUAGCAAGCCAACGUUAGUCAAAGAAAAUCAGGUUUCCACAACCGAUAAUUCGAGAGUGGAGCCACAUAAUGGCAUACUGCGACAAGACAGGUGAUCAUCCCUCAGCUUCUCUAAACAAUGAGGACAGUCGUAAUGGACAUGACCCGGCGACAGAUAAGCACCCGACUCCACACUCCAAAGGAAAUGCGAACGAUUGCUGUGCCACUGAAGAAGCCCGAACAGUGUCUGUGCCUCAUGGGUUGUGUGUAAAGAAGAAAAAGCUUGUCCUUCACGUUGACCUCAAUAACACCAUCUUGGUGUCUGAUGCUGUGACAAGUCAAGGAACUAUUGCAGCUUUGGAUUACUUUAUUUCCACAGUGACAUGGGGACAAAUGAGUAAACAAGGUAAGUGGAUGUGGAUGAGUGACUCACCUUCCCUGCUUCCACCAUGUGAGGGCGCUGUCAGCUACUACUCCCAGUUUGGCCGGGUGGCAGGUUUCACCAGCUCCACUGCAGGUCGGAGGUUCCGGGGCGUGCUGGAUGAGCACCUGGCGAUGCUGCGAUGGCCGAAGGAGCUGAAGGGGGACAAGGAGCUGGCUGUGAAGGGGGAGGAUGGGCAGCUGUACCACUGGAUCUUGCCCUCCUUCUUCCAGCUACUGAAAGACCUGGUGGCGGAGGGGAGGGACUUUGCAAUCCUGUUCCGCACUUUUGGCUCUGACCUUCCCCGCGUGCUGUCUGCAGUGUCCCGUGCCCUCACUCAGGGCUCCCACCCACUCUUCCCUGACCUUCCAGCACUUAAGCUGAGUGUGAAUGAGACGCCAGGCCAGAUCCGCUGCAGUAAGAAGGGGGCGGUACUGACCCGGGCAGAGGAGCGUCUGUCGACCCGUGACGGGGAGCGAGCCCUGUACCAGUACCUCAGCUCUGUCCAGUGCCUGGGGGGCUUCCAGGACCAUUUUGACUGGUGGGCCAGGAACACCUACUCCCUCCUGGGAGGGAAACCUCUGUGGGUGGACCCCUUCGACCAGGAUGUCCAGCACAUCUUCAUCGAUGACAACAUUCGACAGAAUGACAAAGACACCAUUGUCCACCCAAAGGUGUUUCUAGACCGAGAAGGUUCAGAGACCCGCACAGCCUCCACCUCAGAGCUGUAUGACCUCUGUCUGGUCCAGAACGACCUGCUCAAGGCCAUCUCAGACCCAGAGUACUUCACCCAGCGCAUCAGCAUCUGCCAGGAGAACUAUGACAGGAACCUUCAGCAGGGGGCAGGCUAGAGUGGUUUGUCUGUAGCCUAGAGGUCCAGGGUGAGAAGGGGUUGGGACAACUCAGGUCUGUAGCCUAGAGGUCCAGGGUGAGAAGGGGUUGGGACAACUCAGGUCUGUAGCCUAGAGGUCCAGGGUGAGAAGGGGUUGGGACAACUCAGGUCUGUAGACUGGAGGUGGAAGGUCAAAGGGAGCUCCUGCAGUUGCUCCAACUCGUCCUCUAAGGUCAAUAUUCUCAGGGUGUGUAACACUGGCAACCAAUAUAUUGCAUAUGUAGAAGGCAUUAUUUUGCUGCUGUUUUUAAAUUAUAAUAUAUAUUUAAACAAAAAAAUGGUAAUUGAUAUAAAGGCAUUGUUUAUGUACACCAAAAUGUGUUCAGAAAAGACUUGAAUGGUCAUACUUGAAUGUUUCUAAUAUUACAAAGAGAGAGAGCUGUGUGGUUGAGCAGUAAGACUGUUACAACUGAAAUCAUACUCUAGUCUACAGACAAAUUACUUUAAUAUUAACUACAAUUAGUAUUACUGUUUGACUAUUUAUCAUGGCAAAACAAUGGAUGAGUUUGACCUAAUAUAAUUUGGGUUUAUGUGGUUUGGAGUUUAUUUGCACUGAAAAUGACUUUACUUUCUUUGAAGCGCUCUCAUGUGGAUAAAAAGUAUAUAUCCAGGGAAUGUGUGUCAUGCUUUCUCUUGAAGGUUUGUCAUAGUGGUGGAGGAGGUGAGUGGCCCUGUUACAAUGUAAAGCUCUAUACGCCGACUGUACAAAACACUAAGGACACCUUCCCUCGGGGCAUGGACUCUACAAGGUGUCAAAAGUGUUCCACAGGGAUGCUGGCCCAUGUGAACGC